UUUCGAUUAGUCCAGCGAAAAUCGAGUCAUAUAUGAUUGGUUAGUAAGAGGAAGUAUUAAAGGCUUUUCUGCGAAAUAUUCUUCUUUUCUACUUAACUGAAUGGAAAACUAUAUUUAAAGUCCGCAAAUAUAACUUUUGAAGACUAUAAAGGAAAGGGAAUUACCAUACAAUAGUUCCAGGCAGAAUGAUUCAAAUAUUCAUAGCGCACCUUAAUCGAGAAAACUAACCAAAGAACAGAUAUAAAAGAAAACAGUAGUGUUUUUUUGCAAUAUCUAAUUUGAAGAGGGGAUAUUCAAAAACUUAUUGUUUGAGUCUAUAACUCUAUAUUCCUUUUUGAAGAUGGAUAAUGAAAGUCUAGAAAGUGAAUCCUUUGCAAACUUAAAAACAGAUCAACAGUUCGAUUCAGGACAGAAACAAACAUCGAAUGAGAAUACAAUUGCCCAUGAGAUUGAUUUAAAAAGUAUAACAAUAGAGCAGGAUACUUUAAACGCAGAAAGGCUACAGAUAUUGAACGUUAGAAAUAAUUCUUAUGAGCCAUCCGAUGGUGUUCCUAAUACGGAGCAAAUAAACAAAAUUAAAACUGAAAGUAAUCUCGUUCCCGAUCAUGAACCAAGGACAGCAUUAGAGGAAACCAAUAUAGAAACAACGAAAGCACCAGAAAAAAUGGAUUUGUCGAUGAACAAAAUACAAAAGACUUCAAAUCUACCAUCAACUGUCACAUUACCGGCAAUAAACCCAGAGACAAGAACUACAACCGUUACAUCAGAUGCCACACACCAAGAGACAGGAAUACCAUUAGAAACAGAGAAUCUACACACAAUGCUUACAUUAGAGGGAACAGAUCUAGAUAAACAUAAACAACAAGAGACCAGCGGAACACAAGAGACAACAUAUCACAAGGAAAAGAGACCAUCAGAUGCAACACACCAAGAGGCAGGAAUACCAUCAGAAACAGAGAAUCUAAUCACAAUGCUUACAUUAGAGGGAACAGAUCUAGAUAAACUAAAACAACAAGAGACAACUUAUUCAGAGACAAGUGGAACACCAGAGACAGCAUAUCAAGAGGAAAAAAAACCGUCAGAUGAAACACAUCAGGAGAAAGGAAUUCCACCACUGGCAUAUAAUUUAGACACAAUGCUUACAUUAGAGGGAACAGAUCUAGAUAAACUAAAACAACAAGAGACAACUAAUUCAGAGACAAGUGGAACACCAGAGACAGCAUAUCAAGAGGAAAAAAAACCGUCAGAUGAAACACAUCAGGAGAAAGGAAUUCCACCACUGGCAUAUAAUUUAGACACAAUGAUUAAAUUAGAGGAAACAGAUCUAGAUAAACAAAAACAACAGGAGACAACUAAUACAGAGACAAGUGGAACACCAGAGACAGAAUAUCAAGAGGAAAAGAGACCGUCAGAUGCAUCAACUGAUAUAUUUUACGAUCAAAAUCCCACAUCAUAUAUUGUUGAACCGACUUCUCCACAUUCCUCCAUUUUCAUUGACAAUUCUGAUCCGGGACCAAGUUUUGCAUUUGGAAAGAAUCAAUUUGAUUCUACGCAUACGACUGAUCGUCGAGACGAAAACCAGCCUUCGUCAGUUAUUUUAUCACCAGAGACAGCAGGACGCUGUAAUGUUCUUAAACGUAGGCAUAUGCCAGGAAAUGUAGACCAAGAACAUGAAGAAUCGGCGAUUAAUUCACAAAUUACAGAAGACAAUGACGAGUGGAAGAGGAAGCCCCAUUUUGAAAGACGCAGAAUGUUUAACUUAGCAAAACAAAUUGUUUCUAUAGUGCUUAUAAUCCUUGAUCUGGUGUUUGAUUGGGUCGAAUAUUCUGAAAUGAACAAAACAGGAAACUAUACAAUCACUGCAGAACGAAGCGUGAAAAAUGUAGAAUUUACUAUCGAAUGCGAAGGAACUGGUAAAACUAUACAAUUUAUUUUCCUGGUAUUUACAAUAGUAGCAACCAUAUUAUCCGUGAUUCAGAUUUUACAUAUCAUAUAUCAAAUAUUUCAUGAAAUAAAAGGUGACACGAAAGAUACAAAGAUUAACCUCGAAUACGUAGAAACGUUUGUGUUUUUAUUUUUUAUUGAGAUUUCCCAAAUAAUGUUAAUUAUGGGAUUUUAUGAUGUAUGCACACUGGACUGUACUGUAGACGCAACUGAAAUAUUAAUUGCUCUAAGCGGAAUUUUUUCCUUUUUCAAGUUAUCAUGGCGUUUCUUUACAAGUUGCAAAUGCUGCACGAUGUAUUGGAACAAUCCGAUUCCUAAACGCCCUAUCCAAAGACAUCAAAUAAGGCACGGUACUCCACAACAUAUCGAUAGACGAGAAAGUCCUUCACUCUUUAGACAUCACGUACAACAACAAACCAAUAGUCCUAGACAGACACAAAGAGACACAGAUUGCUGUGAAUCAUGUGAAUGCAGUGAUAACAUUAAAACCUGCUUAAUAAUCAUUCUGUUACCGUUUCUUGUCUUGGCAAUUCCGUUUUUGCCCUGUAUACUGAUUUACUACAUUGUCAAGAAAUGUAACUGUGAUGUUUGUAAUUCGAAAGUCGGGGAUCCAGAAAGGGCACAGCACAAAUGGAAAUGUGAGCAGUCUUGUGAAUGCUGCAUCUUAAGAUGUUUCCCGUCACGAUUUCCGGAACAAUACACAGAAGCUUGUGAUUGUACUUGCAAACAGUGUUUAUCUUGUGAAAAAAAUUGUGAAUGUUGUUUUAUAAGGUGUUUUCCCCAAAAAUUACCAACUCCGAAAGACGAUGUCAUUGAAUGUAAAUGUGGCGAUUGCUUGAGCUGUGAGAGUAAUUGUCUGUGUUGUUUUCUUCGUUGUUGCCCUACUCAUCUUGUUCCAUCUCAGUCCGAAAUCUGUACAUGUAGGUGUGGUGAUUGCAUUGCCUUUGAAAGGCCUUGUAAGUGCUUUACAUUUAGAUGUUGUCCAACACACUUGAAUCCCCCUAAAAAGGACAUUUGGAAUUGUAGCUGUCGGGAAUGUUUGGCUUGUACAAUGUCCUUCUGCCCGUGCUUCAUUUUUAGAUGUUUUCCUGAGUUUUUAAAACCAUCUCACCCUGAUAUAUGUACAUGUAGAUGUGGGGAAUGCUUGUCUUGUCAUCUACCGUGCAAAUGUUUUAGCUUUCGUUGCUUUCCUGAACAUCAAAAACCUCCAAAGUCAGACUGGUUUGAAUGUUUAUGUGGGAAUUGUAUGAACUGUGAACAAAAUUUUUGCUGCUGUAUUUUACGAUGUUUUCCAUCGUAUGCAGGAGAGGACGAUUACUGUACAUGUAUCUUGAAAAAAUGUCUUGCGUGUAAAAAGUCUUUUGCGUGUUGUUUGUGCAGAUGUUUCCCCUCAAAGCUAGAUCCCCCUGAAAUUGAUAUAUUUAAAUGCACAUGCGGAAAGUGCAUGUCGUGCGAAAAAGAUUGUUGCUGUUGUAUAAUGCGAUGUUGCCCUAGUGAUCUUCGUCCUCCGGAAGAUGAUUGGUUCGAAUGCACAUGUUGUAACAAUUGUGUAAGUCAGGUACAACCUGCACCAAUGAUAUUACAACCACAUCAACAAACACCUCCUACCCAACGAUUAUCAACACCACCUUUACGUAUACCAACACCCAAGCAAAAAUGCACAUGUGGAAAUUGCCUUUCGUUGGAAAACAAUUGUUGCUGUUGUAUAGUUCAACAACGACUUCUAACCCCGCCAACCCCACCCUCACACCCACCACCAAUAUCUAUUAUAACAAAGCAGCCUAUACCACAACCAAGACCUGUUAUUAUACCACAACCAAGACCCGUUGUUUCAUCACAACCAAGACCAGUAAUUAUACAUCAACCAAGACCGGUUGUUAUACCACAACCAACACCGAUUAUUAUACCACAAGUUCCAACGCCUCCGCCGCCCAAACAACAGCUAUGCGAAAAUUGCAGUAUAAAGUGCAUAAAUUUUCUAGUUGCUGUACUCAUACUUUUGGUAGUACUGUUUCUUUUUUUCUAUUUAUUUUUGUUGGUUGUUGAAAUUCAAUUUGUUUUUGUUUGUGUUGAAGGCGAAUGGCUGAUGCUAUCGACACAGGAAAUAUUUGUUCAAAACUAUUUGAAACUCUUUAAUGUGUAAGUUCUUAAUCAUCGUUUCAUUUGAAGUAAAUUUGUAAACUGUGUUUCCUUCAUUCCAAUUGCAACAUUUAAUUUUACUUUGUAACCUGACCAACAUUGCUUUGGAUUGUUUUUUCUUCUGUUUAAGGACACUUAGUCUAGACUAUGCUAAAUGAGAUGCACAUUUUGUUUUUUUAGUUUAUAUAUAUGAUACAAUAAUUUUUAAAAGUUACAUUGUAUAUCUUGUAUUUUACAUUUUGUAGUUGUUUAUUUGACAUUUGCAGAUAAAGCAGAGGAUGGUAUUAAAAUUUGAUGUAUUUUUUAAUGAAUCAUGUGUUUCCUUUAAACCUGAUACGUUUGAAAUAAAUCUAUCAAACAUGCAAAACUUGAGUGAAAAAUUGUUCAAUGCACUUUAUUAGUUUUUCUUUAGCGUUGAAAAGUUAUUGAGUUAUUAGUUGCGGAUUUACAGUGUUUAUAAACAAGGCCAUGCGAAUGACCAACAAUGCAGCAUGACCCUACGUAUUUAUAGAUUCAUAAAUCAUGGUUUAUUGAUAAAUUGUUGAA